GUAUCGUUCUGAGCGCUCAAGACAGCGUUGCGCUCGGCCAGCGCCACCGACCACCGCGACUAGGAUGGCGACCUCGAAGGACCGCAUUCUGCUGGCCGUCAUAGGGGAUGAGGACACCGUAACAGGUAUGCUGCUCGCCGGCAUUGGGCAGGUGGACCAGCGUCAGAAGCGGAACUUCCUCGUCGUUGACUCCAAGACCAAUGUGCCCGCCAUUGAGACUGCUUUCGAAGAGUUCACCCAGCGGAAGGACAUCGCCAUUCUUCUCAUUAACCAACAUAUCGCGGAGAAGAUCAGGCCUUUGGUGGACAAGUAUGAGCAGGCAUUCCCCGCGUUACUGGAAAUACCCUCGAAGGACCAUCCGUAUGACCCCAAUAAGGAUUCGGUAUUGAAACGUGUUCAGAAGCUAUUUGGUGAAUAAGGAGACAAUAUCAUAUCGCCCGCACUAUGCACCGUGUAUCGCAAGUGAGUGGUUGUAUUUGCGGUAGCAACGGUAGUCGUACAUCUGUAUAAUACACAAGAGUUGCUGCAUGCACUCAAAGGAUGGCAGUAGAACGCCCAGAAAUUAUGAAUACCAUGACAUUAUGG